AGAUGAUCCAGUGACUCCAUCCAAUUUACAGACAUUGCGAGAAACAUAUGAUAGAUUAAGAGAUCAUAUUUCGAAGUGCUAGCCACUGCUGCAUUUCUUCCAUCUUUGAAUGAUAAGGUGAUACGUAACAAUGCAAGUGCUAUGCAAAAGGAAUUGAAUAGGCUGUGGAUGAUGACACUAGAAAUGCUGAAUAAUAGUGCUAAAAAAAGCAGUGACCAUGACAAUAACAGUAACAAUAGCAGCAGCGUCAGCAGCAGCAGCAACUUCAACUACAACAAUAGUAACAAUGAUCAUCUCAUUGAUAUCAUCAAAGAACUUGCUUGUACUAACCAUAAGCUAAAAUCUGAACUCUUAGACUCUCAUGAUAUGUUGAUGGAUUUGCGAAAUGAUUUAAAUGGCUUCAAUUGUCAAAAGCAAGGACAGCAAUCACCGGAAAACGAAGAGGAAAGCAGCGUGCUAGGGGAACUUCAGCAGUGCUAUGAUGAAUCUUCUGCAAAUCAUCGUCUUUAUCCUACACUCAACUUUUCUUCCUCAGCACCAACACAAAGCGAAAAUACAAUGAAAGCGCAUCAUCAAAGAUUCAAAAACAAAAGUCCGAGUGUCAUGGAUACAAACAAUGGCAUGAUAAAAAAAGUAGGACUCACUGAGGAAGAAGCCUAUGUUCAUCCCAAGAGGAACAGCAUAAGUAAGUAUUAUGUGCAUCAGGAACAACGUCCCUUUGUAUCGUCUUGGCCAUCUUCGAUACCAUCGUCAUCGAUACCAGCACCGUCAUCAGCAACGCCAGCGCUACCCUUAGCUUCAGCGGUAAUAUCAGUAUCCGAAAGAGGAACAGACACGGCAGUAACACCUGAUUGCUGCUUGGCAAGCAAUAAUUCAUCAAUGACCCAAUACCACUAUCAUUAUCAUUAUUACUCUGACAAGAACGAAAAACUUAAAAAUAGUAAUAAUGACGACAUACAUGAUGCAACAGAGCUUGAUAGAACAUUUGCCAUCUGCCAACGCAUACACAAUCAAGUAAGAGGUAUUUUACACAAGAUAAAACGGACAGAAAUAAAAGCUCUACGUCGUCGACAACAGCAACAACAAGAACAUGGCAAUAUACCCGACAUUAUGGAGCUGACACUAUUAAGUAACUCUAAAUUGAACUAUCUUUUAUUGAGCGAGAUACAACAUCUUGGCCAUGCUAACAGCCAUCUCACCGGCGACUCUGCCUUCUUCCCUUUGUUGGGCCUCUUUGAAGAAAUGCUGUCGGAUUUGUGUCAAUUACGUAUAAAUCUGAACGAUAUACAAAUGGACUAUGUCAGAAAAGUGCGAGAGAGUGAUAUUCAAUUUAAGAAAAGAGUUUGGAAAAGAGUGAAUAGUGGUAAUAAACAAUCACAGCAACAAGAAAAAGAAGAGGAGGAGUUUGAUAUAGGCAAGGCCUUCUCCAACUGGCUAACCAACCUACUACUCGUACAAUCAACGCCUACUACUGAUGCAAUGCUACAAAGACACAAAGAUUCCAUUGCAACACGGUCAUCCGACUAUUGUCGUUUACAUGCAAGAAUUAUGACUGCAAAUGAUAUAUCUACACAUCAUCGAUUAUAUUCAAAUAGCAAACUGUUUGACCAAAGAUACCACCACCACCACCAUCAUCAUCAUCAUCAUCAUUAUAACACGGAUAGUUACAGAAAAAUUACGACCAAACGAAGUAUGCCAUUGUUACGAAAUAAAGAAACCAGUCCUUUCCAUGCUUCUCAUCAUCAUAGUACUAGUAAUGCCAACAAUAGCAGAUUUCCUAUACCAGAACUCCAUUUGGAUCAUGACAAUAGCAGGAUAGUAGUCAAAAGAUUCAAGCCUUCCACAUCUAUUUCUACACCGAUUAGUACAACAACAGACUCUGUACAUGGUAUUACGACAACCACAUCUCUGAUUAUGAAAAGACGCGUUCUUCAUAACCAGUUGCAAUAUUUAAUGGUUUAAGUGGUUAAUCCAUUUGGUCAGCAUUACAUAAUUUGAGCAUUUAUAGCAAUAAUAAUAAAAGGCCUACUCUGUCUCGGAUUGAUCCGCUCAUGUAUAUAUAUAGUAUUUACUGUUGUCACAGAACAAGGCCCAUUAUUCUUUCUGUAUGCAUUUCUGUUUUCAUCCAAGGUUGAUUAUUUCAUGGUCAAGGCAUAAUGGAAUACAAUCAUACGAAUGUUUGUUAAGAAAGAAAAAAAAAA